GAUUUGGAGGACGCAGGGCCGUAGUAGUAAGACGAAUCACCCGGGUUUUCGGGAGCGUAAUCGUCGUCGUCGGCGGAGGGAGGCGUUGGAGGAAGGGUGUUAUAAACGGGGGAGUGGUGGAGAAAAGAGGAAGUGCAGGCCAAACAAAGGCUCCAAAUAGGAGACAGAGGGGAUUCUGUGAAAAGGGGCAAUGCGCGGCCGCGCCAGCCACGCCUUGUGAUGAUCUAGAAGUUGGUGAUGGAGGGGUGGGAGGCGUGUGGGGGAAGCAGACUAGAGGCACUAGCUUGAUCACCACCACGAGCGCACAAGUAUCCCAUCUCGCUUUUAACUCAACUUGUUCACCUUCCAAAGCAGGAUUAAUGGAGCACGAGCGCGAAACAAACCAGACUGCCAUUGUCAGAAUUGAUUUUGACUCUGCAUUCACCCAUUUGGCUGCUAGAUCACAGCCCAGAUCAGGCGCAUGGCGAUGA